CUACGGGAAGGACAAGGAGGCAUCCGGCCUUGAACCGCAGCUUCCGUCACCAUGUUUCGGCGCAGCCAUCCAGCGAGCAAGCUCACGAACACGGAGCUGAAGAAACUUGAGCAACUCUUCCUGAUGGUAGACAACUGCACCCUAGACAUGCAGCGCGGCCAGGACACGUCUUCGCAGCUGGCUGAUGCAAUAAACGGAUAUCCCAACGCAACAAUGGUGUACGAGGUGAUGAGGCGCAUCCGAAAGUGCUUCAAGUCCAGCAACACCCAGGUGGUCCUGAGGGCGCUCGACCUGACAGAUACCCUCAUGCAGUCCUGCGGGUCGCACGCGAGAAGGGAGGUGUCCUCCGAUAAGUUUCUCAAGCUCAUCGGCAAGCUCUGCAAGGUUACGAAGACGAGACUCGACCCGUCGUGGCAGACGGUGUCGGAGCGAGCGCAGGACCUGGUUGUCGGUUGGGCCGAGGCCAGCGAGAGGAUGGUGGGGUCCGGCAGCCGGUUUACUCAACUGUACGAAAAUCUCAGACGAGACGGUGUGCUGUUCAGAGGCGGCAGCGGCAGCGGCGGCAGGAACGGCGCUAUCGGGGCCGGGGCGAUGGGGCGGGGGUUCGGUGGCGGCGGCGGCGGCGGCGGAGGAGGAGGAGGCGGGCGCUUUCGUUCGGCCGGAGGCAGCGUCCUGCGGCCGGGAGACGAGGGUUACGACGAGGAGGCCGACCUCGCGGCCGCAAUUUUUGCCAGCAGUAUUUCGGGCACCGGGGGAGGCGAUGGCGGCGGCGGUGGCGGGGCAGGAGGCCGGGCGGUCAACAGCGGCUUGCCGACGGCGGAGAACGGCGAGUUGCUAAGCAUGGUACCUCCCACGAUCGAGGCUCUCAUGGACAUCAUGGAGGGCAGCAAGGAUCUCACGGAGCUGCUUGGCAACGAGGUGGCCCCGGACGUGGUGGAUCAAACAAGAGAUUUGGUCCAGCAGGUGAUCAAGAAGGUUGAAGAUUUGGGCCACAGCGGCAACCCGGAUGAGAAGGACCUGGACCGCUACCUGAAGGCGCACGACGACUUGCAGACGGUGCUGCGCGUCUACGAAGGCGUUGUUGACGGCAGCGAGACCUUGCCCCUCUCCCGCAGGGGUGGCGGCGGCGGCGAUGGCGCAAGAGGAACCGGCGAGGCAACGGCUGCCGCGGAGGCCAGCGUUUGCCGCCACCGCCGCCACCGCCAAAAGCAACGGCGCUGCCUACAGCGGCGACGACAAUGCGGUCGAGAACGGCGGGGCUGCAAGAAAUGGCGCGGCGGCGGGGGCGGCCGUGGCUGCCACCAGCGGAGGCAGGAGCAGUCCCGCAAGGGGAAACCUGUUGGAUCUCGAGGAGAACACCCCGUUAGAAACGCCCAUGACCGGAGCAGGCGCCGGCGGGAUGAUGGUCGCGUACACCGACGGGCAGUUCAUGGCCAGUACCUCCAAUAG